CCCAUCCUUGUCUACACUCGAAAGGAUUUCCAGUAUAGCUAUACCAGCAGGCCCCCUAGUGGAAACCCAGCUUAUAGUGGCAAAACAAUUCUUUUGUUGAUAUAGCUUGUACCAGUUCUCCAAAACAAAAACUCUACCAGCAAAAGGAUUUGUUGCCAGUAUAACUGCAUCUACACUACAAUACUUUUUUCCAGUAUAAAAAUUUCAUAACUCAAACUCCUAAUCAACAGUAUUAUCCAGCAGAACUUUUUGAGUAUAGACCUGGUCCUACAGAAUUUUAGGCAGUCAGAGUGAGCUCCACAAAGGGUACUUAGUGUCACAAACAGGAUGUGGGCAGUCUGAACUAAUGGUCAGAGCAGGAGUCAGGCCAGGACAGAUACCAAGAGGUCAGGGUCCAAGACAGGACUCAGGUGUCAGGAGGCAGACAGGGCCAGACUACCAGGGGUUUAGCAGUAGCUGCAAGUAUUACAGGAGAAGCAGUUCUAAGCACAGGAAACCCAGCUGCAUGGAUAACUUCCUGUCCCUGUGCUUGGUUUAAAUAGAAGCUGGGAAGCAAUCAGGACCCCACAGCGUUCAGCCCAUCAGAUCCCAGGAUUGGAGUCCUCUGUCAGCGUUCUGCUUCUAUUCUGACAACCGUUAAACAGGUCACCGGAUGGCAGGUUAGAACUUACUAGCUCCUGGGAGCCCGGUGCAUCAGCAUUCAGAGCCAUAGUCCCUGAUAUGUAGGUGGCUAAGUCCCAUUUUUAGGCAUCACUGUGAUCCACAAAACACCUGCUUGGCUUCCGCCUAACCCUGUAGGUGCCUAAAGUCACUCAAUGCCUACGUUUUUGCAGUAAGUUCCCUACGCAUCUAUGUUUCUGCCUCCGAGCACAGGCACUGCUGCCUCCCUCUAGGCUCCCAGACACCUAACUUCCAACCCCAGAUCGAUACACAAACUGGGGAAAUAUAAAAUAUAUUACUGGGGCUCUGUCCUUUUAAAAUGACCAUAACAUCCAUGCAAUAAGGAUUUAAAUCCAAGCUAAAAAAAAUCCUCCACAUUCCCAGGAGUUAACUUCACCAAUCAGAAGUUUGCCCAACCUGACCUCAGUUAAGACAGUGGAAUCUGCAGGAACAGCUUUCUCUCCCUGAACAGGGUGUUAAAACAUAUCCUGGAAAGUGGCUCAAGCAAAUGAAAGAUCAGUUGAAAGUCUGAGCACGAAACUGGUUAUGUACGAAGUCAAGGAUUUCAAGUAUGAAUGUGUGGGUGUUCUUGCAUGUGCUGAGGAAAGAAGGAUUUGCAGAGGAGACAAGGGAGAGCUUUGUGUACAGUGCUCACUCUGACACUGCUCAGCCUGUUCUCUGUCUCUCUGCUUCACUUCUGACUCUACAGGAACAUGCAGUGGCUCCUCAUUCUCACUCUCUUCACCAUCAUUUAUAUGCAACAGAUAUGAUAGCAGUAGGAUGUGAGCUCAAUGGAGUGUAUUAUGUCAAUGGCCAGGCCUUCCAGCCCACCCCACUUUAUAAGUGUCUCUGUGUUAGUGGUGCAAUUGGAUGUACACCUGUAUUCACCUCAAAGGCAGCAGCAAGUCAGUGCAUCAUGGUCAAGGGCAGAAGAAAGUCUGGACAUUCCAACUGCGGCCCUGGACAACAGAAACAGCUACAAUCAACAGGCUACAGAUUAAUGCCAGGUUACAGAAUUCUACCACUUGUUUUGAAGGAGAAGUGCUUAGUACAGGCAACUUCUUGGACACCUUGUUCCAGAACCUGUGGCAUAGGUAUAUCCAACAGAGUGACCAAUGAAAACAGUAAAUGUGAAAUGAGAAAAGAAGAGAGGUUAUGUUUCAUUCAACCUUGUCAGACCAAUACAUUGAAGACUAUAAAGAUUCCAAAAGGAAAAACAUGUCAGCCAACAUUCCAGCUUCCCAAAGCAGAGAAGCUAGCCUUUUCGGGAUGCUCAAGCACACAAAGCUACAAACCUACUUUCUGUGGUGUGUGUCUGGACAAGAGAUGUUGCAUACCUAACAAAUCCAAAAUGAUCAUUGUACAGUUUGACUGCCCCAAAGAAGGCUCCUUUAAGUGGAAGAUGAUGUGGAUCACAUCUUGUGUUUGUCAGAGGAUUUGUAGUGAUCCAGGAGAUAUAUUUUCUGGACUCAAGUUAUUAUAACUUACACCAUGGACAGCAGUGUAUUAUCAGGAUGGCAGCAUGCUCAGUUUGAAGAGUUAGCUAAAGAGAAGACCCUUCCACUGAAACCAAACUUGUUGGCAUUCUUCUGUUAAAUACCCUGAGAACAUGGUUUAAGAACAACAUCUAUGUAUGUAAAACAAGACACUCAAAAAAAUGUAAGAAUUAAAUUGUUUGAAGUGCAAGUAUACAUUUGAGGAACGUCUAGCUAACAUAGGGACAGCCAUGGAGGGAAAACUUUUGUAAUUUAAGAAAAUCCACAGGAAUGCAGGGGUGAAUUUGCUCCAUAUUUACACAAAAAACUCCUAGAAAUAGGUGUUUUCCCUCAUCCUCAACAAACAUGUAGGAUGACUACAUGCAUCCGACGAAGUGGGUAUUCACCCACGAAAGCUCAUGCUCCAAAACGUCUGUUAGUCUAUAAGGUGCCACAGGACUCUCUCUUUUACAGAUCCAGACUAACACGGCUAUCCCUCUGAUACAUGUAGGUUUAAAUUAAACAUCCAAGUAACUUAAGAUUCCUUUUUCUACUAACUUUUUUUUGCUGUAAUGAUCUAUCAUUCUUGAUCCACAAGAUGGAUAUUCUUACAGCUACACUGACACAGCAUUAGAAAAAAAGUUUAAUCUUUUGUGAGUUAGAAAAAAAAUUACAUAUUGCAGCAUUCAACUACAAAUGAAUUUUAAGCUCAGAUUCAGUUGUGCACCAAUUCUUAUAUUUUACAUUUCUCCAAAUGCAGUGAAUAAAACAAACAUAUCUGCGCAGGUACAAACGAAAACGUAUAUAGGUUAGUUCACUUCAUUCCCAAUGAACUAUUUUUCUAGAUUUUAAUUUUACAUGUAUACAAUUUGCCUUUUCAUUAUUUUUCCCCACUCAUGACAUUCUGACAAAAUUAAACUUAUAAAAGGAACAAACACUACUUAUCCAAUGAGAAGUAACCUCAUGAUCUUAUGCUAGCCCGCCUUCAUUUUUCUUCCCUCUUCAUGAUAUUUUGUUUCUUAUUUAACCUAGACUGCAAGCUCCUUGGAGUAGGGACCAUGGGUGAAGUCCUGGCAAAACUCCCAGUGACUUCAGUGGGGAUAGGAUUUUACCCUAUGUCUUUUGUCACAAAGUGCCAAGUACAUUUGUAGCGUUCUAUAGGUAAGUUGUUUCACCGGAGUGACUUUCAAAAUGCUUUCUUCCUAAUAAGAAUUGCCUCAACAAAUAUUUGUCUUGCGUAUUUCUGGCUUCAUACAUUGAAAAUUAGAACUAAUACUAUUGUGUCUCGUCAUACUGCCACCAGAGCUCUCUUGAAAGAAACUUGUAAUUAAAAAAAAAUAAAUGUAAUUUUAUGGAUCCAUUUGUAGUUGCUCAAUGCAGUUUUUAAGACAAAAGAGUCAGGAUUGGCAGACAAAUUCUGAAUAUCCACAUAUUU